AUAUAUGGGACACUGGUAGCCAUCAAACGGCACACUCUCAGUCGCUCCGACUCGGGAACCAGGGCAUCAGCGGAGAUAGCAGGCUUUACUUCAACCUCUUAGGCUAACUCGCUUUGGGCUUUGGUUCAGGAUGGAAACCUCUCCGAUUUAUCGGAGCCGACGAUGCUCCAUCAUGCGCAACUGCAAAAGCGGUCUCUCCCUCUGGUUGGUGGUGUGGCUGGUCCUCGGCAAGCCAAGUCCGGCAUCGGCGUGCCCGCAACAAUGCGUGUGCUACCCGACGCCCAUGACUGUGAGCUGCCAGGCGCAGAACUUCACCGCCGUCCCGGUCGGAGUGCCCUAUGAGUCGCAGCGUGUGUUUCUCCAGAACAACCGGAUCACGGAGCUUAGAGUUGGCUCGUUUGGCUUUGGGACUCAGGUUCUGUGGCUGUUCUCAAACAACAUCACGUGGAUUGAGGCAGGGGCUUUCAGUGAGCUAAGGGACUUGGAGGAGUUGGACCUAGGGGACAACCCUGGCCUCCAUCGGCUGGAUGGGGGAGCCUUCCGCGGCCUCGAGAAGCUCCAGAGCCUCCACAUGCACCGCUGCAAGCUCACUGCCCUGCCUCAUGACAUCUUUCACAAGCUGUACAGCCUGCAGUACCUCUAUCUGCAGGAGAAUAAUCUCCACUUCUUGCAAGACGACAUCUUCUCUGACCUCAUCAACCUGAGCCAACUUUUCCUGCAUGGCAACCGUAUCCGCACCCUCUCGGAGAACAUGUUCCACGGCCUGGUCAACCUCGACCGCCUUCUCCUCCACGACAACCGCAUCAGACAGGUGAACCGCCGCGCCUUUCGCGACCUCGGCCGCCUGACAAUGCUCUUUCUCUUCAACAACUCCUUGGCUGAGCUGCCCAGUCAAACCCUGAGGGACACACAAGGCAUCGAGUUCCUCCGCCUCAACGCCAACCCCUGGUCCUGCGGCUGCGAGUCCCGUGGCCUGUGGGAGUGGUUCCGCGAGGCCCGCGUCUCUUCCUCCGAGGUGAUCUGCGCAUCCCCUUCAACACGCCGUGGCCAGGACCUCCGCUUUCUCCGUGAGAUGGACUUCGCUCCCUGCCCCCUGCCCGACCCAGGGUCGAUCGCUGGCUCCACCACCACCACCUUCAGCACCAAAACCCGCUGGUGGUUUCACAAGAACAAGCCCCAGUCGUCCAUGAAAGGCGUCAUCGAGAAGGCCUCAGAGACCGUUAAAGCCGGUUUGUACGGGAAAGGCCCGUCCACAACCACCUCAGUGGUCAAGUAUGAGUUGGGUGAGGAUGAGCUGGCGCUGCCCAAACUCGACCCAGAAGAGUACUGGGCCAACUACGGCAACGAGGACUCAGGUGUCACCCUGCGAUGCUUCGAGCUCGAAUGUCCACCUGAGUUUGACCUGCCUCCAUCGUCCUCCUCUCCCUCAUCCUCCUCGCCAUCAGUCCUCUCACUACUAGCCCUUUCUCUUUCAAGCCUCUGCCUGAACCUCAACCGACUGUUCGGCUGAAUCUGACUCUUAGUCGACAUCUUUCCCUUUAAGCCUGUUUUAUAGGCUGUGGGGAUCCCUGUUAGACUCUCGACUCCCCUUUGCCCACUUUGCUCUAUGCCAGUUCUCAAGGCAACAGCAAGGGAGAUGGGGGGGAUGGUCAGUUUUGGAAUCGACCACAGGGCUCAACACUUUUCAGGGCUGCUAAGAGUUCUUCAGUUGAAGUCAUAUUUAUCUACAAUACUCUGCAGGUAUGGCUUUCUGUGUCUUACCUGUAUGAUGUCGUGAUUCCCUGAAAUCAGGGCUACGAGGGCUGAGUCCAUCACAAGUAUCGACACGGUUUGAAAGCAGUUGAUAAUGAUGUUGUCAAUUUUUGACAAGUUCAAACUACUAGUGCUAUUAGUGCAUCCAAUUAACUGGCUGCUACCAAUAUUACAAUUACUGUUAGAAUCAGUGCACAGUGAUGACAGUACUGUAACCACUUAAAGUGUCAUGUAAAUAGGUUUGUGUUUUAGUGAGUGUUGAUAUGUGUGGUUCAGCACUCUCAUUUCAUAUUGAUCCAGGGUAUACUUCUACAGGACAGAGCAGGACACACAAUCAGGCAUGGCUUUACAAUAAUAGAGAAGAUAAUGUCACAAAGAGGGCUGCAAGGUCAACAAACCAGAAGGUAUGAAGACAAGGAAAUUGACUAAUAGGGGAGUGGGGGAGGAUAUUCUAUUUAAGAAACAGUGUUAGAAAGAGAGGGGAAUGGGGGCAGUGUUGUUGCAGCAAUAAGGACAAAAGCAGCAAGAGUACAAGACAACACCCUGAAGGAGACGGCUGGUGGAAGAAGCACCAACAUGCAGGAGAAAAGUAUCAAAUCUACACAUCAGUAGUUAUUCAAUUCAUACUGCUCAUCCAUUAUUUUUGCUACAGAAUACACAGUGUCAUUUACGACAACCACAGGGAAAGAUUGCUUCCUGUCAGGAAGCCAGAUAUUUUUGCUUUUUGAAUGUCUUUCUGUGACAUAAUGAUUUCAUUUGAUUUGUAAAGAUUGUUGAAUGAAGAUGCAUUUCUUGAUAUAAAGAUACGGUGACUAUUUCCUGAAUAAUGUUGUCUAUCAUACUUUUUUGAGCAAUAUUUGCAGAAUGUAUUUUAAAAAAUGAUUCACAGUUAUCUACAUGGUCAUUUUGUGUUCCAAGCUAAAAGAAUUACAAUUAUGGGGUAACAGAAAAAAACCCCAAAAGUUUACUAUAAAGAAGCAGAAUCCACCAAUGUGACCAAACUGUGAAUAAAAGGGACUAGAAGAGAUGAUAGGAACUGACCACAUGGACUUGGUCUUACAGAUAGAGGGCACUCAGCUCCUGCUAUGAUGGACAUCUGUCUAUGUGUGGUGAGAUAAAAUAGGAUGAAUGGAUUAACAAGCUGGCAUCACUGCAAAAGCAAAUACGUCAUUCAGUUUGCCACUACAGUGACUCAUCGGUGGGCGACGCCAGAUGGACAGAAGCAGUGCGAACUAGCUGAUUAGUAAAUAUACUAAGAGAGCAAUGAGAAAGUCUGGUGAGUGUCUGGACCGGAGAGAGCAGGAGAUAAAAAAAGACAGAAACUGGUGGAGAUAAUGAGAAGUGAUAAGAGGUUCUGGUCCUGAAGGCUCACAUUCAGUUCAGGGGAUUAUUUUAGAUGAGACGGCAAAAAAGUUUGGAGCAAGAAUCACAUGAGCAUGCAUUAAAUAAAAUACAAAUAAGGGAAGUGGAAAUAACCAAAUAUAGUCAGUGUUUAUCUAUUCCUCCCUAUUCAAAACAAGUAUUCACACAGUCUUCAGUCAGUGGAGGUGUGCUGAUGUAUAGCAACAGUUUCUCUUCUUCUUCUUUACUUGCCCACCUUUUUCCUCAAGCUCUCUGCAUCUCUCAAGGGCUGAGAGAAUACGGAAGGAGAUGGUCCCUGGCUCCAGUGGAGGUGACAGGGGCAAGGCCAAGAUGUAGUAGGUGUGAAAGAGUAGGAGGUAAUGUGAGAAAGGCACUCACAUAAACAGACCCACACACAGAGCGUGUGUGAGUGUUUGUAUUACAAAUAAUACAAACAAUGUCAUCCAUUUCUCUCUCUCUUAUUUUCAAAUUGACAGAAAAUGUAACCUGAUGAAUUGAGAAAUUGAAAAUGAAGGUCACUGUAAUAAUAAGAAUGUAUGGAGGAAAUAUUCAGUGUGUCAUCCUGUUGUUAAGUCUUUUAUUGGGUUUUGCAGAGGAGGUCAAACUGAGCCCGGGUGCUCUUCAGUGGCCAUCACAAUGAGGUCACUUUCAGAUGACCAAAGUGCCAGUUUCCCUUUGUUCCC